AAGCAUUAAACAAGUGAUUUCCGUUCAACUUCACUCCUACAACAGCUGGUGACGAGACGCCUCCUCUCUGAUAUCGAGUAUGCCAAUCAUACAUCUGACCCUGGUCCUCUUCCUCCUGUAUGCCUCCAGAACUCUCUUUGUUAAGGGAGUCUGUAUGUUCGAUGAAGAGGGAAGCCAUUGCACUUGCCAAACUGAAGACAUACGUGACCUGAUGGGCCUCUUAAUUUGUGCUCAAGCUGAGGUGUUUGAAAUCCAGAAUGGGUACUUGGGAAUCUCGCCUAACUCUGAUUUUCUCUCUACUUUUGGCAGACAAGAUGAUUUUAGACAAAUGAUUGGCAUGCUAAAUAUGCUGCCUGUCAACAAGAUCAUUUUCAAACAUGUUACCGUUUCCAAUGUAUUUUUAUCACCUUUACUCUCAGUUCUUCCAAACACCAACAUCCGAGAGAUAGUCCUGAUUAACUCCACUGUGGAAGACAAUCAGAAGCCUAUAGUUCUACUACUUCCAUCCUCCCUUUUAACUUCUGUGACAGUUGUUAAUGGGUCUCUGCCUUCCUCUUACUUGCUGCCCAACUCCUCAUACCUCCACAGCUGGGUAAUGUCAUCAAUAAAAAAGGCAGUGCUUGUCCAGUCACAAGUCUCCCAACUUGAGUGUCGAUUUAUCCGCCAUCUGAAGAGCCUUGAAGAGCUGGACCUAUCAGAAAAUGAACUGAACGAUGGCUUUAUAGACCUUACAGAGUGCCCUGAUGCCUUCAAAAAGCUGUCCAUCCUCAAGCUUAGCCACAAUCGAUUUCAGACCUACAAAGAUGUAUGCCACAGUCUUGAAAACCUGACCAGUCUUGUGGACCUUGACUUGAGCCACAACAACUUCUCAGUUCCUCCGUCGGCUUGUUCUUGGCAUCAGAUGUUUGGGGUUUUCAACCUUUCUGACACAAAGCUACAGCAAAUCCAGAACUACCUUCCGAGUAAGGUUGAAGUGUUGGACCUCAGCAAUAACAACCUUCUGUUGUUCAGUGCCAGUCCGCAGGGUCUGAGAGAGCUGUACCUGUCGAACAACGGACUCCUCGUCCUGCCUGCUUUGCAUGAUAUGCCUAAUUUACAGAUCUUACAAAUAGAUGGAAAUGACCUCACAACCUUCAGUGAAAGAGACAUUGAAGACUUGAAACAGCUACAGGCCGUAACAGCUGGGAGAAACAGCUUCCACUGCGACUGCAGCUCCAAAGACACAACUGAUAGCCUAGUGAAGAUGUCCAGCAUUCUCAAAGACUGGCCAGACGACUAUGUGUGUGACUCCCCUUCCUUGCGGCAAGGAACCCAUGUGAAAGAUCUUAAUCUCUCGUUCUUUGUAUGUCACACAGCCUUGGUUCUCAGCCUGAUAUGUGUUGGCAUCUUAAUUGUAAUAUCUUCUAUUGCUGGGCUUGUCUGUUACAAGGUCCAGAGGGCUAGGAAACAAGGGGGUGGAGAAGCAGUAAUGAAAUAUGACAACACAGGUGAUUUGAGCUCAAUGACUAGCACAGCAAAGUGAUGCCAUUGAGCUUUUUUUUUUUCAUUUCUUUCAUUUCUUAGCAGAUGCCCUUAUCCAGGGCAAUUUACAAUUGUUACAAGAUAUCACAUUAUACAUUAUUUCACAUUAUACAGUUAUCACAUUAUUUUUACGUACAAUUGCCCAUUUAUACAGUUGGGUUUUUACUGGAGCAAUCUAGGUAAAGUACCUUGCUCAAGGGUACAACAGCAGUGUCCCCCACUGGGGAUUGAACCCACAACCCUCUGGUCAAGAGUCCAUGCCCUAACCACUACUCCACACUUAUUACAUAAUUGUUAUGUAUAUAUUUAUAUGUUACAGUAUGUUUAAAUUAAUAAUAUUGAGCACAACCAAAUAACAUCAUUUUGUUAUAUGCUAUUUUUUGAGAACCCAUUGACAUAACAUAAAUUAUAAUAGAAACUAUAUUUCAAGAAUGUAAAAUUCCUCAGUUUACCAAUGACAGGUUAUUUUUAAAUUGAUGUUUUUUUUGGUUUUGUUUUUAAUUCUAAAUACAUUCUUUUUAAACUUGUAAAUUAAUCUUUGCUUCCAAGACCUGCUUUUGUUUACCCUACUCAUCCUAUUUCUUACUAAUUAUCGUGGUAUCCUCGAAUUCAUAAUCGCACACUUUAAAUAAAUGAGAUUCAUUUUUUGAACAUGCUGUCUCAAAAGUGUCUCAAAAAAGAAUGGCCAGCGGCAGAGAUAGCGGAUGCAGAAGCAGAACACUGCAGUUUAUUAACUGUCAAAACAAAUAAAAGGUUUAAACAGCCAAACAAAAACACAUUAAAAACUGCUGCUCCUAGGACUGCCACCUGACCCCAGAAUUCCGGAACACUUUGGGACAGGACAGGGUUUUUAAGUUGCUCUUAAACUGAAAGAAAUAAACACGUGAAUUGAGCACUAAACACUAAUUUAUAGUGCUUCUUAAUUAUCCGAAUUAUUGUGAUAAUACAAAUCUUACUAAAUAAAAAAGCAUCUUGAAUAAACAUGUGUGUAGGUUUAUUCAAGAUACUUUUUUAUUUUGUAAAAUGAGUAUUUCAGUUAUUACACCU